AUGGCUGCCCGCGGCGGCAGAGGAAGAGGUGGUGCCCGUGGGGGUCGCGGCGGCGCCCGUGGCGGCCGCGCACCUCCAGGCAUCCCCGGCUGGGACCCAGAGACAAACAUGCUUGUCAACGACCAGCCGCUCGACACCUAUCCUAAAACAUACCAGCCACCCGUGGCUCCUCCACUGUCCGAUCUCGACGCCCGCUCCGUCGCCUCUCUCGUCUCCUUCCGCCGCGCUUUCCACGACCUGCCUCUCUACACCCACCGGCACAUGGCUGCCGAGGUCAUCUCUUCAGCGUCCGUGACCGACCCGCCCCCGAGACUAUACGACCAGACCCAAGUCAAUGCGCGCUUCGGCGUCAAGAGCAAGGCCACCCUCGACCCGUUCCUCGCCGUGCCAAUGUACAGCCACCAGUUCGUAGACGAGUCCCGCACCCUGCCAGAUCUCAAAUCCCGCGAGUUCGCCAAGCAUCUCUUUCCCGACGAGCUGUGGAACACUCUCGAUGGCAAAGACCGCCCCACAGCGAACAGCGCCAAAGUCGCCAAGCUCAACGGGCGCGCACCCGUCGGCAGGCGCAGGCUUGAGCCCGAUGACCCGUUCUCGGCAUGGGACGACGACCCUCUGUCGGGGGCCAAUCGUGGGGCGAGCAAGAGGCAUGAGAAUGAAACAGAGGAACAGCGGCAGAAGAGGAUCCGUGAGGCCGCUGAAGGAGGCGGUGCUGGAGGGGAUAACGAGGAAGGCGAUGGUGAUGUGGACCUCGAUGAUGACGAGGAGGAGAUGUCUCAGGAAGACGACGAUUUUGAGGACGACGAGGAUGGUGGCGACUACGAUGCAGAGCAGUACUUCGACGACGGGGUCGAUGGAGAUAUGGAGGACGAAGGAGUCGGCGAAAGCGCGCUCGACUUCUAG